CAGUAGCCGAUCUUUCAAGGGACCUCGAUUUAUGACAAGUCGAUUAGGAAAAGCAAGUAAAGCAGAUGAACCAACGUCCGCUCCGCUGACCCAGAGGUCACAGAUGAAUGGCAUUGUAGAACCGUCUGUAAGAAAGAGUCUUACAAGUACUCAGACAAUGAGAAUCCAGAGAGAAACUGAUUUCCUCAAGUGUGCUCACUGCUUAGCGCCCCGUCCGUCUGAUCCAUUUGCUCGCUUCUGCCAGGAAUGUGGCUCCCCUGUUCCACCAGUUCCCGGACGCCGCUUACCACCCCCUGAAGGAGCUCAGAUGGGGCUGUGUGUAGAAUGCCGGAGCAUGGUCCCAAUGAACACCCCUUCCUGUAUCGUGUGUGAAGCACCACUGUUUGCACAGAUGCAACCACAAGCCAGCAUACAUCUAAAGGACAAAGCAAUAUGUCGGUUUUGUGGAACUGGGAAUCCUAUAAAUCUGAAACAUUGUGUGACUUGUGAGGCCAGGCUGCCAGAAGCUCAAACGCCUAUAUUCAGUGGAGACUCUGCGCCCCCUUUGCCUAACCAGCUGGGGAAGAUGCAUUCAUGUUCUAAGUGUGGACGUGUGAACAAUUCUGAUGCUCGGUUUUGUGAUUGGUGUGGAGCAAAGCCUAGUCCUUCUAUGAGUUACCUCACAUGCUCUAAGUGUAGUGCAAGCAACCACCCCUACGCUAACUUCUGUGCCUCUUGUGGUGUUUACCUUGAACCUCCAGGAAGAUAUUCCUCUCAGGACAACAGAACGCUAACAUCUGGAAAUUAUCUAACUUUUAAUGAAGUUUCAGAGAGUCGCACUUCUUGGCAACCUUUGACGGUUUCAUUGCCAGAGCCCAGGCUAAACAUUGAUAAAAAUGAUAAAGGGACCCAGACGGUUGGGUUAUUUUACCCAUCUGGCAAAUUAAUAGAGAAAAAAGAAAUUGAACUGUUAUCAGAGAGGGAGAAAAAGGAGAAGAUGAGUGAUCGUAAACCUGUUGUUACAGCCAUUAGUCCAGGCAGAGGUUUUUGGAGAAAGCAGUUGGAUCAUAUCUGUGCUCACUUGCGCUGCUACGCUCAGAAUAACAUAGAUUUCAGGACUUUAAUUGGAGAGCCUCGAAUGGGAAGGAUAAUUUCAGGAACAGUGCAUGAAGACGGAUAUGAAGUCAGCUUGCGGUUAAAUUAUGUUUUGGUAACAGACCAGAAUGUCCUCACUGGAAAGCCAAUGAAGCUGACGGGCAAUCAUUUUCUCAGCUCUGUGACUGAAGGCAAGGAUGAACGUUAUGAAAGUCAGUCUAGUUUAGCAAGUGAAGAUGGUCAGAGUGCUCGAAGCAACGGCGUAAAAGGGAAGAAGACCAAGCGUAAAACCCGAAAACACCUGGACAAAGAAGACAGGCUUCCUCCUGAAGAUAGAAAACUCCUUAAAGAAGUUGGGCCAAAAGGAAAUGGAAAAAUAUCAGUUGUACAAGAGCUCUUAGACGAGGGAGCUGAUCCUAACUGUAGCAACAAUGAAGACCGGCCUGUGCUCAUGGUGGCAGUGCUAAACGGACAUCACAGUGUAAUACCGGUCCUUGUACAGAAGGGAGCAGAUAUAGACCAGCAGUCUGGGCCGCACAACAACACAGCUCUUCACGAGGCAGUUAUACUUGGCUUGGAUGGAAAGAAAUCUGUUGAAGUUCUUCUAGGGUGCAAUGCAAGCACAAAAAAGAAGAAUGAUAAAGGAAUGACUGCAUAUGACCUGGCUCUGAAGAACAAAAAUGAGGAAGUUAUUUCACUUUUUGCCAGUAAAUUUGGACAAGGAAUGUUAGACAAGCUUACUAAACCAAAAAACAUUAGUUUAGAUGUGUUCUGAACAUAACAUGCUAUAUUAUCUCGUGUGGUUCCCUAAGCAAACAAAUUAUUCAAAGUUAAUUACUCCUAAAAAUGUAAAUUUAAAAUUAUGUUGAAUCUAAGGAAUAAAACAUUUGCAAUAUA